AUGCAUUGUGUGCAUUGCAAUCACACAUACAAUUGCCACCAUGUGAAUCACAGCAUUGCUAUGUUCGCCUUGUGUUUCGGUCCUAGAUCGAGUGCUACGGUUGUCGCGCGCAUCGUCUCCCUUGCAACAACACAACAUUCUUGUCGAGCGAGGACACACAACAUCACCAUGGCUCACGACGACGAGAUCAACAUCAAAGGCGCUGCUCAGGAAGCUGAAGAGCCAACAGUGGAUGACGCGCCUGCCAACCCUGUCGAGGACCAGCCUGCAGACACCGCCGCUGAAUCUUCGGUGAAGUCAACAGAGGCUGAAGAGGAACAGAGCAAGGACGAUCAGAAAGCUGGUGAACCUAAGAAGCAGUCGCCCACGGAUGAGGAGUUGCCCAUCAAGAAGGCAAAGCAUAGGUGGUUCAAGUGCCCAGCUGAUCCAACGACCUAUGGAGCGGAUCAAUAUUACUACGUCCAUGCCGACACCCAAGAGUCCCGGUGGAUAGAGCCAGAAGAGCCGUACUGGAUCUACAGCGUAGAGACCGGCGAGGCAGACGGCACGGCCGGACUACAGAUCCCCGCUACCACCACGAAGCCCACUAGUGAGAAGAAAUCAGGACCGGUACCACCAGAGGAGUGGGAGGACUGGAUGGGUUACAACCCCAAAGUGCAUGGCAAUUAUGAUCCGAACGCAGCAUACGCUCAGGUACACAACCAGAAGCGAGCUGAGGAGCAAGCAGCGAUAGUAGACCCGUUCGCCCCACCGCCGGGUACAGCAGCGUAUGAGUCCACGAUGGCAUUGAAUCGCUUCAGUGGCUCGGUACAGAAUCAGGAGCUCAAUCCCGAGCGGCACAGCGACGCUGCGAAAAGCGGCCGACAGAUGAACGCUUUCUUCGAUGUCGACGCUGCCGCCAACGCUCACGAGGGGCGAUCGCUGAAGGAGGAGAGACAAUCCAAGAAGCUAUCCAAGGAAGAAGUCAAGGCCUUCAACCAGGCGCGGAAGGAGAAGAAGAUGAAGAAGAGGAUGGCUUUCUACAAGUCAUGA